AGUUGACCAAUCAGUGCGGCGAGCCUAAAGAAAAAUUACCAAUGGAGUCCAAGAGAGAAAACGAACUCCUUUUGUCUACACAAUGGCGGCUUUUUCGUUUCUAUGUAGAUUGACUCCAAAACUGCUAGAUGGAAGGACGACCGGGCUCUGCCAAUUAUCCGAAACAUGUCGUCAUUAUAGAGUUUUGCACACUCUGGGUUGUCUAAAAGAUGUUGACCAAUGGCAGAAUCACUUGUUUUAACAGUGUUUCUAGACCUACAAGAUCGAGGAGGCUGUUCUCUUGGAGGGGCAGUUUUGUUUCGUAUGUUGGAAGGAACAUGCUGUUUUAUCCUAUCCCCCAAUCUUUGGGUUGUGCGUCCUACGUAGCCAGAAUCACACUGGCACGUAAAUUCAUAAAUGACGGAACUUUUUUGUUUGGUAGGAACGCAAUCCUUUUGAAUGGAUGGAAGGGCUCUCCUAGUGCUGUAAACAAUCCGAGGAUUGACAGCAAAGAAACAAUUGGCUAUGGCUUGCCUAAUCUGACUCUUGAAUCGCAAGGAAGUGUUACCAAUCCAUGGUAGUUUCAAAUAAACUGGGCACUUUUGCGGACCAAACUUUUGAACAGCCGAAAAACUUGCGAUCUUCUCCUUAAUACAAGAUAAAAUGACGUCUUCAGGAUAGCCGUUGUCCAAGAAGAUCGUUUUGAGUUUUUCCAGUUCAGCGUGCAGUUUAGAUUUCGAGCAGAUCAUAAGUGCCCUAUGUACUAAUGUUUUGACAAGGUUGACUUUGCGUUGUUUUGGGCAAAAUGAAUUCCAGCGUAUGUACUGACCGGUAAAAGUAGACUUGCGAUAUACACUGGUAAGAAAUCCAGUGUUAGACUUUUCGACCAAAACAUUUUAUUUUUCUUUAGGCUCGCCGCACUGAUUGGUCAACUAUACCGGUCUUGUGCUUGCGUUUUUCUGAUUGGCCUAUUUCGAUCCACAACUGGGUAUAUAUUUUUCCAUCGUGUUUUUUCGGAACCUAUUCUGACGUUUUAUGCUCUGAGGAGUGUCAGACGAAAAAGCUUUUAGUAUGUCGUAAAAUGUUUGCUUUUUUCAAAGCCAUUUUCAAAUUCUGUACCGCAAAAAAAAUAUACUUGUUCGUGAAACAACCACGACAUUUCUCUCCACGAUCAGCUUCUUAUAUCCAUUGGUGACGUUAGCUCUUAACAUGCUCAGUGAGAGUCCAAAGGCUUUAAACAUUAAUUAAUUGACAUUAUUCUUUGCCAAUCCCUUGUUAUGUAACCAAAAAUGCUGUAAACUGUUUACCAGCAUAAUGUUAUGUUAUAUUUUGUAGUAGAAAGUCUCUUUUUCUAGAGAUUUGAAGUUUUAUAUGAUUUAAUAUAGGAACAAAACAGUUGCAAUAGCAAGUUGUAAGUGUCUUCUUACGGUAAUUGAAAAUCUUUUGAUGUGGAAAGCAAUGGGCUUUUUGUAAUAUUUUUCGUCAUAUCAGCGCCCGGAUAUUCAUUUCGUGAGCUAAAAUCUUCCUGGCGAUGAAAGGACGUUGAUUACUGAACAUGUCGUUGUUUCUAACGAAUGGCUCUGUUUUGCAAAAUAAGAAUGUAGUUAACGGGAUAUACUCUAAUCAAAUCUUAUAACCAGACGCUUUAAGUUGCUUAAAUUGGUUUCAGAUUGUUAAUUUAAUUGAUUAAACUAUAUAUCCGCAAUCAGAGAAGAUGUUGGUUUUCAACAUGACGAAUCGGUUUACAUUUGAGCCGUAAAAUAGCAUUUAGAGACAGAUUUUAAACAGUUCAUUGGCGUCUCGGGGACUUGCUUCAAAUUCAAUCGUUUUUAGCUGUAUUUAUCUUACAUGUGAGCUGGGACUUUGGAACCAGGGAGCGUGUACCGAGGACACGUACCCUCAACUUUUUUGAUAAAUGCUCUUUUCUAAGAAGUAACCUCUUUGAAAAAGUUCUUCUUUUCUGCGACAGUGUCACCCUUACUACAUAUGUUGUUCCACAUUUGAAAUGAAUCCAACACUCAUACAUAAAAGGUUGUUCAAUUUGAAUGCAACGUACCAAGUUCUAAACAAACUCUCUGUAUGGUUCCUUUUAUUGUUGGUGUAGUGCUAGCUGCUUGGUAAAGCUAAGCCUUUUUUAUAAUGCUGGAAAGUCACAAACUUUCUGUUGUUUUUUAUGUAUGUUUUUAAGAGUUUGCCCCUCAUCAAACUCCGCAGCCCAUGUUUCUUUAUAAUCAUAAAGCAAUACUGUCAAACUCUGUCCUUCCUGAAAGGCACUGCAAGCAAGGUGGGGUUUUGGGCGUGGCACAUUUGUUCUAUAAGCGGUCCUCAAUUUCUUUACUCUGCUCAAAGCCUUUCCCGUCAUCAAAAUGGCGCUGUUACCUUGGAAUAUUGCGAAGAAGGUGAAUGAGUCUAGGUGAUUCUUCGAGGAAGUAAAGAGUUGUUAAAGGAGCUUAGUCUCUCUGGUCUAAAAUCAAAAUGUUAUUGCCAAGUAUUGGGCAUUAAAAGCUGAAUCAUUUUCAUUUUUAUCAAUAUAAUCUCAGCAUUAUUAAACUUAAAUACUGAAGUUAGCUAGCAGCCAAAGGACAAAGCCUUAUAAAUUGAAGCGUAUCACAAUAAACAAACUGUCUGAAGAAGGCAUACGAAAAUAACUAAUUUUCAAGCCAAGUGCCCUUUUUGGGGUCAUACGUAACUAAAAGAUAGCACCAAAUUAACUUUCCCUGUUGGGAACUAAUUCAUUUUAGUUUGUUUUUCGAGCUAUUUAAAUGAAUGAUUUUUUAUCUCUUUACGUAGACUGAUUUUAGCUGAUAUGCCGUAUUUUCAAAAUAUAUCUUGUUUUUCUGUUAUCGUCAAACAUGUAAUUUGAAUCCUUGUCGGGAAUUGUAAUGCAUAAUUAUUUCUAUUUAAGACAUUUAAAUCAUUAUUAGUUUUCCUUUUUCCUUUGUUUUGUAAUUGCCUUAACUUAGCACUAAUCUUUUUAACGGCCGCCAUAUUUAAAAAAGGCGACAAAAUUGGCGAUUAGACGGCUGGCGGAAGUCCCCUGUCUUAAGUUUGAAAACGCGCAUUAUCAUAUAUACCACAACGUUUCUGUAAUUAUUGAAAUGUUUCCAUUACACCAAUGCUUAAUUUUAUUUCCUUUAUCAUUUACUGUUUAGUCCAAUUUCCCGAGAGAGCAGUGCAACAAAAAUACCUUUUCAUAGCCCGAAGCGAUCAUGAAGGCCUUUUGUAAUUUUAAGUGCCAGAAGUUCCAGGUGUUUUAUUUGGGUACGUCUCAGUUGCCCACCGCUGUCUGUUUUGUCGCUAUAGGUAGAGAUCUUAUGUCGGUUUUUUGAAGUUGGGGGUAAUUUUUAUGGUUAUUGGCAGUGGGACGAAACACACACAGAACAAGAACCGUAGAAAUUGGACGGGGUGUUUGAGGGGGCUUAUCCAAAAUGAACUUCGAACCAAACAACUGUUCUCCUUGCUAUUGGUUUUCUGGUUUGUCUAGCCCUUUCUCCGAUGCUUUUAGUCCCCCUCCGAUACUUUUAGCCCCUUCAAUCUGGUCCAACCCCCAGUGAUCCUUGCAGCUGUGGUAGCAAGGGAUCUUUUGAUAUCGUCUUCACAUUCUGAAUUGCAUACCAUAUGCAUAUUGCCUCUAUUGCUCGCUGCAUUGCUUUAAUACCCCACGUAUGAUAAAACUAAAACAAUAUGCUAUUAAAAAUACUCCUGUUGGCCUCUUUUUCCCAUUACUGUUAUGACAAUGCUGAUUUUAAUGUCCUUAUUUAUUUUCUAUAGCUAGCAUGGUUGUACGAGUUCUAUGAUAUCUUCCUAUAGAUUGUAAACUUUGCAAAAAUAGACACCAUGUAGUCUGUAGCGAGUACGUUUCGAGACCAGAGGUCAAGUUAUAUGUGAAAACAAAUUUAACCGUUAUCCUAUUUGCAUGCUGGUGCAUUCAAACAAAACCAGAGAUCUCCUUAAGUCACUUUCAUCUGUUUGAUGCGAUCCUGCCACAUUAUGCAAAACCACACUGCCUCUUGCUGAUUCGCUCUGCUUGAGACAUUUUAGUUGUAUUAACUUGGCCUUGGCUUUACCGUUGCGAGGUAACACGCGUUCACGGUUGCGAGGUAACUCGUGUUUACGGUCGCGAUCUACAUCGUCGUUCUGUGGUAAGAGAAAAUUGUAUUCAGACAGUUUUUUCUUGAUUUUUAGAGUGGAUGUCUUUGCCAUCACCAACCAACCGAAUAAAUAUUUAGUUGGAGGAUAUAUUCAUUCCUCGUUAUCACUUUAGACUAGAAAUACACCUUUUUAAUACGGUUUUAUCCAAUCCUCUUUUUGUUUCAUUUUAAGAAUUUAUCAGUUGAAUGCUGAUUUCCUAACUGCCCUGUAAAAUAUCAGCAAAGAAAAUUUUUCCAACCAUUAAAAUUUACAUGCAAGACUAAAGACAAAAAGGGACAUAAAAGUAAGCAAAUAGAUGGCCAAAGAGGGUUUUUGGUCACAGAAAAAACUUCUACCCUAGCAUCAAUCUUUAUUUACUAUAGUUGUCAAACGAGUCACCCACCACUCGACGCAGUCUCUAAAAUGCCACAUGUAUUGCAACACCACUCACAUUUUUAGUGUCUACUAGAAUUUCGCUCAAACACGGUCAAUGAUAAAGACUGUCUUUCAUAACUUAAGAAAGUUUUUAUGUCGAUGACACAUUCACACCAAUACUGAGAGAUUUUGUCACUUCGCCCAAAAUUUUGCCAAAGGAUAUUUGAAUGAAUGACAAAUUAUACAUCAUGGAAUUGAAAUGUCAAAAGAUAUCAUAGUUGCUCUAUCCGCGUAUUUAAUUUCUUGACAAAGGUCAGUCUACCACAGCUCUUUAUAACCGUUAACUCUCUCUGUUUCUGGCCGAUAUUACUUUUCCUUUGUCUAAAGUGUUUCCUAAUUUGCCAAGAACACUGACAUGACAGGGGGUGCAUCUCUAUCGUUGAUUGCUGCUUUAGGGGGCUAAUUUCUGCAAGUCACCACACCAGCCAAAUUACGCUCUUUACAGUUCAAAUUUAUACUAAGUUACCACACCAGCCCAAUUACUCUCUUUACAGUUCAAAUUUAUACUAAGAUAUUAUCAGAGCUUUUUUCAAAAUCUUUGUUGUUAUGAUUGUGAAAUUUUCCUCUUGGCCCACCCACUUUCUUACCUGCGUCGGAGCCCAUGGCAUUUCUGUCACAUCCUGCUGGCAUUUCAUCUCUAGGCUUAUAUCAUACUUGCUAAAAGCCUUUCACAAUGGUAUCAGAUCAUUAAGUUGCCAAGGGCCUAAAAUCUGGAAUUCACUCCCAGAAUCAAUAAAAACAGUACAAAAUACUAGGCAAUUCAAGAAUUUGAUAAAAACUUGGUUCCGCCAGGCUAAAUUGUGGUUUUUUGGGGAAAUGUCCUCUCUAUGCAAUGUUGAUAUGCUGAUUUCUACAUUUUCCGAUUGCUUUAGGGGAAAAGGUUUUUUGUAUCAUCGUUUAGAGGGGAGGGAGUGGACGAAACAGUACCCAACCGUUGGACUGUAUCACGUUCUUUAAAAGUACAAGGACGAUCGUAUCUUCCUUUGAAAAUAUUAGUGAGUUACCACGAAUCACCAACGAGUAACAGUUACAUUCUACGACUGCAGUGCUCCGUAUGGAUGUAAACUUGUGACAAACGAGUUACAAAUGUGGCAGAAAAGCUCGUGCUUUCUCUAUGGUGUGUGAAAAAACAGUCUCGUUAAAGCUGAUUUAUAACCCAAUGAAAAACAUAGACAAACCAACCUAACCCAGUCAUAAAUCCGAUAAACCAUUGCAUAUGUUCAAGUGUACAUAUUUGUCAUAUUCAAGUCAUAUGUUUUAUGGCUAUCCGAGAUUAUUUCUAAGCUAAAUGACAUGGGGUUUGAUCAAUUUCUUUGGGUCGUAGAUACAUUUAAGCGUAAGAUUGAGAUGCAUUUCACCUUCAAGCUAGUUUGAGCGAUUUUUUACGUUGAUAUUCUCUUAAUCGAGACGGCUUUUACGAUGAAGAAAUUUUGUUGCUUGUCUAUUAGGAGAGGUGUCUGUCGUUGCAUGGCCCAAUCCAAUAUUACGUCAGCGUUGAAACCAAUAGACGACAACCGGCAAUCGUCAGUUAGCUUCUGCGAUGCCGCGCAUAACAAGGAACUGCUCGCUGUUUUCUGCUCGCUCAGGGAGCAAGAUGAAUUGUGUGACGUCACACUUUGCAUUGGUGCAUCCCGAGUUUUGGCGCACCGCGUCGUUUUAGCAGGAAGCAGUCCAUAUUUCAGAGCAAUGUUUACAAAUGGCUUGAUGGAAAGUAAACAAGGCGAAAUAGUCUUCCAGGACAUGGACGAAAUUGUAUUCAAAAAUAUUAUAGACUAUUUUUACACUGGCAGAAUUGAAAUAAAUGAUAUAAAUGUUCAAGAUUUGAUAUCAAUAUCAGGAUUAUUGCAGUUACGGCGAAUCCAGGAGGCUUGUUGUGAAUUCAUGAAGAGACAAAUUAAUACAAAUAAUUGUUUAGGCAUAGCCGCUUUCGCGGAUGCUCAUUCGUGCAUCGAGCUAGCUUCAUCGGCAGAUUCAUUUGCUAGAAGUCAUUUCUCUGACGUCGUGCAAACCGAAGAGUUCAUGAUGAUUUCGCAAUCACAACUUCUACGAUUAAUCGCAGACGACGGUUUAAAUGUUCACUCUGAGGAACGCGUGUUUGAAGCAGUUCUUGCUUGGGUUAAAUAUGAUACAACUAAUAGAGAAGAAUUCGUUUCAGAAUUGUUCGAGCAUGUUAGAUUUCCACUACUGAGCGCAGAAUUCCUUUUGGAAAGGGUCGCUCCAGAAGACAUAAUGAGAGAAAAUGAAUCUUGCUACAAACUGCUAAUCGAAGCUGCCAAACUGCUGUUUUUACCGCCUCGUGGAAGAACUCUAACGCAGAGCCCGAGGGAAACACCGCGUAAACCCGCAGCUGUCCAGCAAAUCUUGUAUGCAAUAGGAGGAAUGAGUCGAAGAGAAAAAUUGAAAAGCGGUGAGAGAUACGACCCGAAAGAAGGAAAGUGGAAACCCAUAGCUGACAUGAAUGUUAGACGAUGGGGUGCGGACGUUGCUGCCCUGGGACCUUAUUUGUACAUCUGCGGGGGAAGUGACGACCAAUCGAGGCUAAAUACAGUUGAAAAAUACGAUCCUUUCAAUAACGUUUGGAUCCCUGUGCCUGCAAUGACAACCAAUAGGAAUGGAGUGGGAGUCGCUGCAGGACAUGGGCGUAUCUACGCAGUUGGUGGUUUUGACGGGUCGCGACCUUUGCAAACUGCGGAAUAUUUCGAUCCCAAGGUAUGCAAAUGGACUGAAAUGCCUAAGAUGAAUUAUUGUCGAUUUGGUGUCGGCUGUUGUGUCUGGAAUGACAAUAUCUACGCCGUCGGAGGAUCAGAUGGGUCACCACUAAAGACAGCAGAAAGAUUUGAUCACAUGACGAACCAGUGGAUUGACAUCGCCCCAAUGAACUAUCCAAGAAAACACGUCGUGUGCGUUUCCCUUGGCAACUAUAUUUAUGCAAUUGGCGGCAAUGAUCAGAACUUCAAAACGACGUCCGUUGAGCGGUAUGACCCCAGCCUUGAUCAGUGGGUAGAAAUGGCACCGCUGCUGACGGCUAGAGCCGGCUGUGGGGCUGGGGUUCUAGAUGGUUAUCUUUACGUUGUUGGAGGAUAUGACGGCACAAAAUGUCUCAACACAGUAGAAAGAUAUGAUCCACUGUCAAACAGAUGGUACCCAGUUGCUCAGAUGACGCAUGCUCGAGAAUAUGUCGCGGUUUGUGUCGCCUCUUCAAAAAGGACUAUUAAUAAAAGAAUCCUAGACAGUUCGCGAUCCCCAUCACCCCCUGUUCUUGGUGCUUCUAAUACCUCGUUAGGGUACAGCAGCUAAUACUGGAUUGGAUAUUGUUCGCGGAGGCCGAGGUUUGCCGUUGUUAGAUAUUUAGUUUAUGAUAAAUUAAAAAAGAUUCGCUUUAAGCAACUCCUACAUUUGCACCGACGCCAAUAGUAGUUAUAGUAUUUUCUUAUACUUCGGUUAUAGUAUUGCCUUGCUAAUUCCAUCGAUUUUUCUAUCAAAAAUCUUGGAACUAUUUUCGCCAAAACGCACUCAUAUUCAACCUGCAGAACACCACAAACAGGCGUGUGUGCUUGAACUCGUUCGAAAUUUGCCAUUUUACUGCCUUCAGACACUCUAGACAUAUUGUCAGUUUCUAAUGGUAGUUUUUCGACCCUCUUCUUUGAUGCUACACCAUUAAUAUUAUGCUUCAGCAAAAAGUGAGGGACAACAGCCUGGUACAUCUACGAUGUCAGUUGUCCAAUAUCGAGAAAUAUCUUGCAGCUUUACGAUGUCUUGAAUAUUUGCUAGUAAAAUGCGAAAAGACUAGCAAUGUUAUUCAAAUGACGUCUCCUAUUUUCAUAUACAUUGCAACAAAAAGCCUCUUAAUUUAAAGGAACCUCUCAAGUCUGCAGCCGAGUACUCGUUGUUGACAAGUUUUGUUAGCAGGUUAUUUAUUCCUAUUUCUCUAGUCUUGUAUAGACAGAUAUUGCUUUUUCCAAUGGGACAUUCAUUCUAGAGGACAAACGAUGUUUUCGUGAAUUGAUAUUGUCAUGAAUUCACGGGUUUUAACCUUACAUCUAUAGACCACUAAUUCAGGAUCACAUUUUCUCGCAAGUGCUGAAAAAUGUGCCCUAUAGCGUGACUGUCCCCGUCAGUUAAAGAAUGGCUAUCCAUUAUUUUCUACAUUUUUACACGUUUCUGUGUAGUUAUUGUUUGUACUUUAAUAAGAAGUUGUUUACGUUUUUUAAGGCACCAUGUCGUAUAUUUUUCUGCUCCUCUGAAAGGUCAACCAUUUCACCCUCAAAAUCUUUAAAGAGGAGGGUAAAACAAAAGUCCUUACCCUUCUUCUUUUUCUCCCUCCUCCGUUAUUUUAAUUACACUCGCACUCAUACGAUUCAAGCAUCAAGAGUACAAUCCUGUGUGAAAACACAUGUAUGCCUGCAAAAGAGCGUCCUGUCGCCUCAAGCCUAAGUUGUGAAGGGUGUCAGAAAGUUGGACUGUGAACCUAGAUAGGGCAAUCUGCUCCAGACCCUUUAAAUGUUUCAUGUUUCUCGAAAAUUUCUGUGGAUUCAUUUGUAGUUAAAUAAAUGCGGGCAACAGGAUUGUUCUCCAGGUGCUGUUUUUAAGGAUUCGAGCCCUUGGGAAUUAGAAGAUUGCAAACUGCGAUUCCCAGCAAGCUUUUAACGUUUUGUCUUUUCGAUUGUCUAUUUUUGCUAUACGAAUUCCCCUUUUGUCCUUUCGGCGUUGAUCAGUUCCUUUGACCUUCAAUGUGCAUUGUGCUUCAAGCUUUAGGCCCUCGAAAUUGGCAAAAGAGAAACGGUAAAUAUGACUUACAACUGAGAUAAGUCCUUCCCAGUGCUAGAUGAAUACUUCACUCGUAUGCAAAAGCUUUGAUAGCUACCUAUUAAGCCAUCUUAAAUCCAUUCUAGAGAUACCUUGAAAUAUAUUUCACUUCAGAAAUAAAUUUAUCGAAGGCAAGCCUGCUUUGACAGAUUCAUAAUUGCACAUUUUCAGCUUCACGGUAAUUUAUAACAACAAAACUUUGCUCAUGAGUGAGGUUGAUUAGUAUAUUUUUGUAACUUAUUGUGUUUUGAGAGGCUUUUAAAGUAGCUUGAUGCGUCAUUUGUGAAUAUCGUUUUUUAAGUAAAUAAUUUAUAUUUCUGUCGCUAUUUGUAUUAUUUUGUAGAAUCAAUCCAUUAAAUACACCACAGAGUACUCUCAUUUACUCUCAUUCGAUGAUUUAAAAAUGUGAUUUAUAAUUUCACCCUUCAAUUCUAAAGUAUUAUAAUAAUAAUGUUAUUUUCGU